AGGGUAUCUACCCAACCAUGGAGGGCCCGGAGCCAGCAGAGGGGGAGCACGUCCUAAGCCUCUCCCGCCUCGGCCUGGACAACCUGAGCCUGGAGCAGAUGACCGACGAGCGGAAGAAGGAGGUCCAACAACUGCUGCUGCCCCACAACCGCCUGGUGGUCCUCCCUCCUGCCGUGGCCACCUUCUCCCAGCUCUCCCUCCUGGACAUCAGCAACAACAGCAUGGCCUUCAUCGGCGAGGAGAUCCUGGGCCUCACCAGGCUGAAGACUCUGCUGGCCAAGAACAAUCGUCUGGAUGAGUUCUCGCUGCCCAAAGAGAUGGGCAGCAUGAAGCUGGAGGUGCUAAACCUCAGCGGGAACCAGUUUGAGGAGAUCCCCAGCCAGCUCCUCCAGAUACAGACCCUGAAGACCCUGUCUAUGGGGGGCAACCGGCUCAAGAGCAUCCCAGUUGAGGUUGAGAACAUGAUCAGUCUGGAGUUCCUUUACCUGGGUGGCAACUUCAUCUCCCACAUCCCGCCGGAGCUCGCCAACCUGCCGUAUCUCAGCUGCCUGGUCCUAUGUGAUAACCGCAUCCAGAGCGUCCCGCCACAGCUGGCACAGGUCCACUCGCUGCGGUCACUCAGCCUGCACAACAACCUCCUGACAUACCUUCCGCGGGAGAUUCUCAGUCUGGUCCACCUGCAGGAGCUCAGCCUACGCGGGAACCCGCUGGUGGUGAGGUUUGUGCGGGAUCUGACCUACGCCCCACCCUCGCUGCUGGAGCUGGCUGGGCGCACCAUCAAGAGUCGGGGGAUUGCCUACACACCGUGGGAGCUUCCGGAGAACCUCGUGAGAUAUCUGGACCUGUCGAGCAAAUGUCCCAACCCCAAGUGUGGAGGUGUGUACUUUGACUCGUGUGUGCGUCAGAUCAAGUUUGUGGAUUUCUGCGGCAAGUACCGCCUCCCCCUCAUGCAUUAUCUCUGCUCCCCGGAAUGCUCCUCCCCCUGCAGCUCUGUCUCCUCCCAAAGCGAAUCCGACUCGGAGGACGAGGCCAUGGUGGCGGCACGCAGGAUGCAGAAAGUACUUCUAGGCUGAGC